CAUAUUUCUCUCCUUCUUCUUCUUCUUCUUCUGGGUUAGAUAUGGAGGGGAAGCUUAGUACAAAGCGACGACGUAUUUACUCUGUGGAACCCAGCAAAAUAGCACAGGCUGAGUUUGCGAGAAUCUACUUGAGCCAUUUGGUUCCCGCUUUGGUGAAGCUAAAGCAGAACCAGACGCAGAAGAAGAAGAAGAAGAUUACAGAAGAAGAUGAUGAUGAUCAGAAGAACAGUUGUGAGAAUGUUGUGAAGCAUGAAGUGGGUAUGGCUAUGGUGUGGUCAGCCCCACCAGGCUUCGCAUGGACCAAAGCCCUAAAGGCCAAGUUUCAAACAGAUCACACCAAUGCAGCCAUCAUCAACGACCACCACCAUCCAUAUUUCUCUGCUGCAAACUCUACAACUACUGUUUCUUCCAAAUCAUCCUGUGUUCAUAAAGAAGAAGAAGAAGAAGGGUUUAAGAGACUGAGAAGGCUGAUUCCAGGUGGAGAAGAAAUGGGUGAUGAUGAAGAAGAAAUGGCUCGAGAAUUGGAGAGUUAUAUAAGGUGCUUGCAAAUGCAGGAAGAAAGAUGAUUUAUGUGAGGACAUGAAUAAUCAAG